AUGCAGUUCAUCACCGCCAUCCUCGCCCUCGCCGCCACCACCUCGGCCGCCAGCAUCACCCGCCGGCAAUCCGACCCGCACAUGAUCGACUUCCGCUCCUACGGCGCGGCCGGAUGCUCCGCAGACAACCAGGGCGUCUAUACGUACGAGCAGUCUGACGCCAGCACCUGCUUCCCAUUCUCGACCGAGCUGGACGUCGAGUCCGUCCUUGUCCUGGAUAUCACACUCUCCGGCUGCUCCUUCUAUGUCUACUCCGACGCUGAGUGUGCGACGGAGGCGAUCCCUGUUGCUGCUGGGGAGUGUUACGAUGCCACGUCUGCGGGCCUGGGCUCGUAUCAGACCAUCUGCUCUUGA